CCUGCCCUCGGAAUUAGGGGAUAGCUAAAAGCUCAAGCACAAGCCCUCUUGUAAGAGGGGUUAGAAUUUCAUCAAGUCUGGUCACAUGAGAAUUUCUGGCACCGUGUGCAUGGCAGGCUGGACACAAGCCGGCCAGCAUUGAGCGAGAGUGGAUCGUAUUGGCUUCGGCGGAGGGGAAAAGUCAGACUGGCCUGGGAGAAGGAGCAGACUCACUCCCUUGGCUGCUGGCUGUGGACAGGAGGAGCACAGAACGCAGAGCUGGACGGGGGAAUCCAUCAUCCGAUGCCCCCAUCCUUUGAACUUGAAUGAAGGUGUGUGGUGUCUAGGACUGAAGACAAGAUGCCUAAAGAAUGCAACGCUUUCCAUGCCCUCUCGGCAGCCCUGUGCUGCUUCUAUCACCGCAAGUCUUUCCUUGGAGUCAAGUUCUCCAAGGAGAGGCACAUCAUGGACCGGACCCCUGAGAGGCUGAAAAAGGAACUGGAGGAGGAGCUGCUGCUGAGCAGCGAAGACCUACGUAGCCAUGCCUGGUACCACGGCCGGAUUCCCCGACAGGUAUCUGAAAACCUUGUACAGCGAGAUGGUGACUUCCUGGUUCGAGACUCCCUGUCUAGCCCAGGAAACUUUGUUCUGACCUGUCAGUGGAAGAACCUCGCUCAGCACUUUAAGAUCAACCGGACUGUUCUGCGGCUCAGUGAGGCCUACAGCCGAGUACAGUACCAAUUUGAGAUGGAGAGCUUUGACUCCAUCCCCGGGUUGGUGCGCUGCUACGUGGGCAACCGGCGGCCUAUCUCCCAGCAGAGCGGUGCCAUCAUAUUCCAGCCCAUCAACAGGACGGUGCCCCUCUGGUGUCUGGAGGAGCGUUACGGCACUUCACCAGGCUUCGGCCGGGAAGGCAGCUUUACUGAUGGAAGGCCUGAUAUGGCUAAGAGGUUGAGCCUCACCACGGGUAGCAUCCAGGCUCGGGAACACAGCUUGCCCCGGGGAAACCUCCUCAGGAAUAAAGAGAAGAGUGGCAGCCAGCCCGCCUGCCUGGAUCAUGUGCCGGACAGGAGGGCCUUAGUCCUCAAAGCCCACCAGUCGGAGAGUCACCUGCCAAUAGGCUGCAAGCUGCCCCCUCAGUCUCCAGGUAUGGACACAAGCCCUUGCCCCAGCUCUCCUGUGUUCAGGACUGGCAGCGAGCCCACUCUGAGUCCAGCACUGGUCCGGCGGUUCUCUUCAGACACUAGGGCAGGGGAGGCAUUGCGGGGGUCAGACAGCCAGCUGUGCCCCAAGCCACCCCCAAAGCCCUGCAAAGUGCCCUUCCUCAAGGUUCCUCCAUCUCCUUCUGCCUGGCUCAACUCAGAGGCCAACUACUGUGAACUGAACCCUGCUUUUGCUGUGAGCUAUGACAGGGAAGCCAAGCUUCUCUCCUAUGCCCACAGCAGCCGUGAGGAGCUGCUGACAGCCAAACACAAUGGGGCAUCAGGUGCCCGGAACUCUGGCGUCAACUACUUGAUCCUCGAUGGGGAUGACCCAGCGAGACCUUGGGAUCCGCUGGCAGCACAGCGGAUAGAUGAGGGUCAGGAGGACAAGACCACGUUUGUGCCGCCUAUCAUGGAAACCGUGUCGUCAUUCAGACCCAAUGACUUUGAGUCCAAGCUCCUUCCUCCAGAAAACAAGCCCCUGGAAACUGCCAUGCUGAAGCAUGCAAAAGAACUCUUCACCAACAAUGAUGCCAGGGUCAUCGCACAGCACAUGCUGAGCGUGGACUGCAAG